AUGUUGAGAUCUAGAUCACUGAUACAGCGUAACGCGUUACACCCUUCUAAGCUGCUCAUAUCUUCAUUCCAUUCAUACCCCGUGGUAUUACAAUCUAACGAUUCCAAUAAAACACCUAUCCAAAUCUUUAGAGAAACGUUUAAACAAGAAUGGGAAAAAUCUGCCACUUUACAGGACCAAAUAAAAACAUUAACUGAUGCCUCAGAUAGAAUAAAUCAAUCGGAUGCUUUCAAAAAAGCAAAGGACGCCUAUAAGAAUGUUUCUAAUCAAACCACCAUUCUUUCCAAGACAAUCUCAAAGACUGGGACCAAGCUCAACGAUGCUGCUCUUAAAGCAUGGGAUUCAGAUUUGGCUCAAAAGACUAAACUCGCGGCCAAGAAGUUGGAUGAUUCUUUCGAACCAGUGAGAAAUACAAAGAUUUAUAAAGAUGUCUCGGAAGUCAUUGAUGAUAAAGAUAAUAGUUAUAAAUACGGUGGGUUCAUUUCUAAAGAGGAGCGUAGAUCGAAAAGAAUCUCUGAUUUACAAACUGGGAAAAGGAUGAAACCUAUCAAAUCUAAUGAUGAGGCAGGUACUGCUUUAAUUGCAACAGAUUUAAAAUCUAAAGAAUCCAUUAAUGAAAAAUUGAAUGAUUUUAAAGAAAAGACAGUGGUGGGUCAAACAAUGACCAGUAUAAAGACUAAAGUUUGGGAUGAAAAUGAUAAUCCUUUGAUUGUAGGGAUGAGAAAAGUCACUGGUGUGUUUAACAGAUUUUUUGCUGAGACUGAAUCUUCCCGUGUCUUGACACAAUUUAAAUUGAUUGAUCCAAAUUUUAAUAAUGAAUCGUUUUUGAGAAGUUUGAGAGAAUAUAUUAUUCCAGAAGUUUUGGAAGCCUAUAUCAAAGGUGAUGAAAAAAUUCUCAAGAAUUGGUUUUCGGAAGCUCCUUAUAAUGUUUAUUCUGCUCAACAAAAGGAAUUGAGAAAACAAAAGAUCUUCUCAGAUGGGAGAGUCUUGGAUAUUAGAGGUGUGGAUAUUGUCACGGCAAAGAUGUUGCCACCACAAGAUAUCCCUGUCAUUGUGGUAAGUUGUAGAGCUCAAGAAAUUAAUAUUUAUAAAAAAUUCAAUGUAGAAAAACAAACAAAUGAUAUAGUUGCAGGUCAUGAUUCAAACAUUCUAAUGAGCACAUACGCAAUGGUCUUCACAAGAGAUCCAGAACAAUUGGAUAAUGAUGAAACAGAAGGUUGGAAAAUAUUGGAAUUUGUCCGUGGAGGUUCAAGAAAAUUCACUUAA